AUGGUUAACUACGAAAGUUUGUUAAGAGCUGAAACAAAUGAAAUUCAUUCAGUGUCAGUGACGGAGGGAGAUUCUGUCACUCUAAACACUGGUGUUACUGAGAUACAUGAAAACGACGACAUACAGUGGAAUUUUGGAAACUCUCUAAUAGCUGAAAUGAACAGAAAGGUUGUCAUCUUCAACACAUUUGAGGUUCCUGACGGGAGAUUCAGAGACAGACUGAAGCUGGACGAUCAAACUGGAUCUCUGACCAUCACAAACAUCACAACUGAACAUGCUGGAGUCUAUCAACUAGAGAUUAGUGGAAUGAAACUAACAUCAAAAAUAUUCAAUGUUUUCAUUUAUGCUCGUCUGCCUGUUCCUGUCAUCAGCAAUAACUCUUCACAGUGUUCUUCAUCAUCAUCAUCCUCAGAGCAGAAUUGUUCAUUGGUGUGUUCAGUGGUGAAUGUGGGUCAUGUGACUCUCUCCUGGUACAAAGGAAACAGUUUAUUGUCCAGCAUCAGUGUGUCUGAUCUCAGCAUCAGUCUCUCUCUACCUCUGGAGGUGGAAUAUCAGGAUAAAAACAGCUACAGCUGUGUGCUCAACAAUCCCAUCAGCAACCAGACUCAACAUCUGGACAUCACUCAGCUCUGUCACACAUGUGCAGAAGUCCACCUCCACUGCUGUGGUUCUACUGAAGCUGUGAUUCGAUUGGUCCUCUCUGCUCUGGUGGGCGUGGCUACUGCCAUUCUUCUGGUUUAUGACAUCAGAUCCACAGAAGACAAGAAACAGAUAUCAUACAUAUAAUGACAUAUCCUGA